AUGGCCCCUACCGCCCCCUACUGCAUCAUCCUGUCCGCCACCGUCCGCGCCAGGGGCCCCCACCCGCCCCGAUCGAGGCAGGACACCCAAGAGGGUGUCCUGGUUAGCCACAUGGGUGCGGACUGCAGUCGCACGGGCCGUUACUAUAAUGGACCCACCAUCGCCCGCGUCAUGGCCCUGGCGCUGCCACUGCUGCUGCUGCUGGUUGUUAUUGCGGGGAGUGCCCCUGCUGUGACAGCCCAGGAAGUGGGACACCGCAAGCUGCUGCAGGCUUCCACAUCCACAUCAAGUAGGUUGACUGCGGGAAGGAGGGGGCGUGUCCAUAGAUGA